AUCUUAGUUAUUUCUGAAGAUGGCUGAGCGAAGGGAUAUUUGGCAAAGUCGCUGUUACAUGAUUCCCAGAAUGUAUAUGAGCUUGAUAGGAAUAUGGCCCUAUCAUACCUUUCGCGAUAGAUGCUUGCUCUUUGCGCCGAUGUUUAUAUUCUCCCUCACCAUCCUUGUACCACAGCUAUUGUACCUGCUAAUCACCGCGAGGAAUCUUGACGAUGUAUUCUCGUGUACCCCGUCGAUGUGGAUCACCAUAAUAUUUAGCUUUAAAUUAGGGAGUUUGAUGAUAAACAACAAGAAAUUGAAGACUUGUCUUAAGACGAUAGAAGACGAUUGGUCCUCAUUGAAUACGGACACGGAAAAAGAUAUUCUACGGCGACACAGUGCUUACGGACAGUAUAUCACGCUGACAUAUGGAGUCUUUAUGCAGUUCGUGGGAAUUCUUCUCAUAUUUAAGUCGCUCGUCGUGAUACUGAUAGAGGACAUGUCAGAUGCGACAAUAACUUCGCUGGCGGCGGAAUCGAAGCUUCCGUUUCGGGUAGAAUACGGCGAAAAAUUCAGCCGAUAUCUGUAUCCGAUAGCGAUACACUGUUAUCUAGCUGUAUUCGCUCAUAUCAGUAUCACAAUCGCGGUCGACACCUUCUACAUUGUUCUAAUUCGCCACGCGUGCGGGAUGUUCACGAUUGUCGGAAACACGCUGGAACAUAUCGGCAAGGAUAGCGAUGGCAAUUUUGAUCUGAAACCUGACAAGAUCAUGGAUGGCAAUUACAGCAAAGCUCUGGACUGCUUACGCAAACAUCUGCACGUGAUACAAUUCGCGGAGUUGAUCGAGUCAACGUUCUCCAACAUAUUUCUGGUCAGCGUUUGUCUGAACAUGAUUGGUGGCAGUAUGAUCGGUAUACAGGUGAUUUUGAAUUUGAACGAUGCGAAGGAUAUCAUAACUCCCCUCGCUAUCUAUAUCGCUCAACUCAUUCACCUCUUCCUACAAUUCUGGCCAGCUCAAUUCCUGUUAGAUUACAGUAUUGUUCCUUACCAGUCAAUUUGCAGGUCAAAUUGGUAUUACACUUCAAGAAGAUGCCAAAAGCUUCUUUUUUUAAUAAUGAAUAGAAGCCUGUUACCGUGUAGAAUAACUGCUGGCAAGAUCGUGGCUCUGUCCAUUGAAAGCUUUGGCACGGUUCUAAAAACGUCGAUGUCUUAUCUCACGAUGUUGCGCUCUUUCAAUUGAUUAUACCGACAUCAUCU